GUUAGUUCAAGCGACCGCCACAACGACAACACCCGCGGAGGGUUUGAGUUUUCCUAAACUUUUCUUCUCUUUCCUGAGACGAUUGCAAAAGAAUUGUUUGAUCCGAUAUUCCAAGUGUUGAACUGACAGGCAUGGACAUAAAACACAGAGAGGUUUUGCAGUGGCUUCAUGAGGUCUAUGGAGAGGAACAGAUCCCUGUGUAUGAGAAGAAUGAACGCAGCAUCAACAUCUUGCACCAACUCAUGAAAGCAAGCAAACGUUCAGAGGACAAUGCUAAAGUUCUGGCGGCUGACUACACUAAAAAGGCAGCUGAGUAUAAUGCCGAAGCAAUGCAGAAGAAAAACUGGUUGGAUGCUCUGAAGUUCUCGCCCGAUGAUCUCUCCGAGGAAAGUCAGAAAUCCGUUACUGCUUUGGCUAACACGGCACAGGUGCUGGAUGUCCAGUCACCCACAAGCACCAAUAUAGUGCUUGCCUUGAAUCAGCUGGAAAUGGAUCACAUGAAGGUUGUCAAUGAAUUAGAACAAGAAAAGGGAAGAAAAGCAUGCCUGCUGGAAAUGAGUCAGCAGUUAUCCAGAAAACUGGAGGAAAUAAAACGGAUUUCCCAACAAGCUGAAGCAACGUGGACGCUUCAACAAGAAGAACUGUCCAGGGAUGCGAAGAGGCAACAGUUCAGCAGAGAAAAGAGCAACAACUAUGCUGCUGACAUCACCCAUUAUGAGGCGAAGUUGAGGCAGGUUGGAUUGAGUAAGGAAAUAACUCACAGCCACUUGUGUGCAAAGUGGGCAGACCUGCAAGCUCUAGAGAAACAGGUGAAAGAGCUAGAGCAACAACUACAGAACUACACCCUCCCUCCGGAUAUGGCCUUAGCGGAAGUCAAAGUCCAGGAAGCACGUCAAGAGUUGGCCUCGAUUAUGGAUGGUCUGGCUAUUACAUGUAAAACGAGUCCUUGUUCAUUUUGCAUGCUCAACUGUUUUUAUUCCACUCUAUAAAUUUUUAUUCCACUCUUCUGCUCUCUUCAUAUAUAAAUUGGUAUCUUUUGUAUGUAU